CCACUCAACUCUCAAGAGUUUUGUUUGGAGUUUUUUUUUUUUAAUUUACGGCUGUUUGAUUUUGUGGCUCCUUAAUCUCUUGGAUAUUUAUGCUGAAUAAAUGAGAUAAGAGUGGAACUUUAGAAGGAAGAAAUGAUGUCAUUGAGUAGCACAAGGCUCCGGCUGGUGGCUGUUACUCUGAUCAUCCUAACGGCAUUCUAUGUCAUACAUUUCUCUAACUUUCAUGGAAAUCUGUUCAAGUUUUCCAGCACAACAAAACUAAGGUCAUUUUCUCCUAGCAACUUUUCAUUGGGUCAUCAAUGUAUCUGCCCUAAAGGCUCAGAACUUCUUAAAGAUUAUAUACCCGAGGAUCAAUACGAAGAGCUUGUUAAACGGCGAGUUAAGGAGCUCCAACAGUACAAAACCAGGAUGGCGUCUGAACUAUCCAGACUGCUGUUUGCUUCGCCUAACUCUCCUCUGCAGUAUCCUAUUCAAGGUUAUAUAGUACGGCCUUUGACCUCUACUCUCAUACCAGGUUUAGGGCUGCAUGCAGAAAACAGAAGCAGCUACAAGGUAUCUUUAAGUGUGUCUAAAGGCAUCCUGACCACAAAUAUUACACCUGAACAGACGAUCAUCAAAGGAUCUGGCAAGAACAAACUGAUUAUCGAGUCUCGCAGCCUGGUGACCCUCAACAACUUGCUAGCCAAAGUGUCCUAUACCAGCACUGACUACCACAUAAACACUGGAGACCUUGCCACUUUCCAGUUUGAAAUGCAUGAAGCUGUGUUUCCAAUUGCCAUCAAACAGCCUCGUGUACCAGUCCUGUAUGACAUGGGAACAGAUAUCAGCUCUCAAGUCACCAUCACAACAAAAACUUUCCAGCGCUAUAAACACUUAAGGGUGUUGCUGGACAGCAUCCGGCAAUUCUAUAGCAACAUAAAAAUCAUUGUUGCCGAUGACAGCUUAGAAACGGAGCACAUUACUGGAGAAAACAUUCAACAUUACAUUAUGCCUCCAGCACAGGGCUGGUUUGCAGGCAGAAAUCUGGCUGUUUCCCAGGUAACCACCAAGUACUUCCUGUGGGUGGAUGAUGACUUUGUGCUUACAGAGAAGACGAAGAUAGAGAACCUUGUAGAGGUGAUGGAAGCGAUGCCUGAACUUGACGUGGUUGGUGGGUCGGUGAAAGGGAAUCAGUUUUACUUUGCUCUCAUCUAUGAGGAAGGAGAAGAAAUUGAAGGUGGCUGCCUAUACAGGAAAUCUGGAGGGAAAUUUCAAUCACUUCCUGGUUACCCACAAUGUUCUAUGACCAGUGGAGUUGUCAACUUCUUCCUGGCUCGCACAGAUGCCGUGCAGAGGGUGGGCUUUGACCCUAAGCUCCAGCGUACAGCACAUUCAGAGUUCUUUAUGGAUGGUCUGGGCACUUUGCUAGUUGCCACAUGUGGUGAUGUGUCCAUUGACCAUCAACUCACAACAUCAGAAAAUAAGAGUCCUUUGUACAACAAAUUUAGAUACCCUGGACAAGGUGAUGUUGAGUUCAAACUGAAGCUUCACUUUUACAAAAAUCAUCUUAAAUGCAUUAAAUAUGGAUAGAGUACCAAAAAAAUGAGCGUCACUGGUUUUAGAACAUUUUAUGUUCCCUUUGUUUUGGAUGUUGUUGCCACAAUUAAAGAGAAUUAAAAACAAUGAUA